UGACUGCGACUUACGCGCGGUACACGUCUUCUUUACGUCGCCCAUCUCCCUUGGCCCUCCGUUGUCGUCUCUGUGGCCACUGCACGCCCAAGCGUAUGACUGAGUCUGUAAAAUCCCGUGAUUGCCUGACUGCAAAUCCGCGUCGCUGACGCCCGUUUGCCCGUCGUCGAAUCCCAGAGAAGUGUACAGUAUCUUCUUACAGCUUCCUGCAAAUACGACCGCAAAAGUCGGCCUCAAAAAAGGCAAUUUAGAUAAGCAUCAAUUGUGUGCGACAACUGCACCUGCAUUUUCGUUCGCACUACGUCUGUGCUGAAGACAUGACGUUUUGACACACUCGCUUUCUGGCAGUGUUUUUUUGUUCACGGCGCAAGUAAUUGAGAAGAAGCACAAAAAGAAAAGGCAAGCUUUUUGAAUUGUGCCCGUACGGCUCCUCCACUUCCUUCACAACCACUGAACACACACAUACUCCGAAGACCAUCACGAGAAACGUCAGCCAUGGGGAGCCAACAGAAUGCCGACCUCACAAACCUCCUUCGUUGGUCGAUAGAAAAUUCAAGCACCUCCUCCGACCCCAAUGCCCCUACAACAGGCAGCACGUCUGGCCCGCGCACACAACUAGAUCAAGAGGCGCUGCGGCGGCUGGUGUUCGGCGGGCCCUCGGAUGCGGACCGCAUGAAGGAUGCCAUGGCCACGAUCCAGCACCCGGACGCAUCGCUGGACGACAAGCUGACGGCGUUUGACAACUUCGAGCAGCUGGUCGAGCAGAUCGACAACGCAAACAACAUGGAGCCGCUGAAGCUCUGGCAGCCUCUCGUCGACCAGCUUAACAGCGAGGAGGCCGAGUUGCGCAAGUGGGCAGCUUGGUGCCUUGCCACAGCCGUGGCGAACAACGCCAAGGCGCAAGAAAGAAUGAUGGUUCUUGGCGCGAUACCGACACUUGUGAAGCAAGCUACGCAGGACUCGUCCUUGGACGCGCGGAAGAAGGCCAUCCUCGCUUUGUCAAGCGGGGUGAGGAAUUAUCAGCCCGCCAUGGAUCAGGCUGCCGAGCAUAUCCCCAAAGAGCACCUUCCCGAGGGCCGGGUCGACGCAGCGAACAUGGAAGCAAUCGAUGGCAUCAUGAAGAGCCUGCGUGAGAGCAGCGCGAACAAGGCCUGAGCCAGUACCCUCGCAGGGAAGCAUCGACGCGGAGUCCGAUGCCUGGAUAAAGGGAAGGCAAGGAAAAGACGCUUCCAGACAAGGAAAUUUAGGACUUGGGAUAGACGUUUCGCAUUCUUGGAAAAGAGUAUUGCAGGAGACUGCAGCUCACUGUUGGUCCGGCGAGAACGAUUGGUCUACCUCAUGGCUUCCACUCGCAUGUACGAGAACUAUACACGUGGGGAAAACACCGCUGGCAAGAAGCGCUGAUCAGCUCAGCGGAUUGAAACACGCGGGUCAAAUAGCCGCGAAAGUCACGUAAAAAAAAAAUUCAAAGUUAACGUCUUCAA